AUGGACGACGAGUUACGCCUGGAUGGAAAAAAUCGAUGUCAUGGCGCAAGUUCAAGAUCAAUUCUCCGAAGAGAUCCCAUCAGCGUGACCGUCACCAUUCGCACUAUGCCUCCACCACCUCUUUCUCCUCUCAUCCCAAUCCCCGACUUUCUGACAGGCUUCACAACCUGCACCUCGCUAAACGAUAAACGCAUUCAAAUUGUUGCUCUAGAUGACCAAUCCCUCGGCGUACACCGUCUAUCACAUAAGACAACACACAAGACCACCAUCCCUCCCUCUCCUCACUCGCCUUCUCCCGACAUACCACCUCCCGAUGUCGCAUGGGGAGCGUAUUACCCCAAGGGAAGCAUAAACCCGACAGCCCCCAUCCCAGGCGGGUUCAGCUUCUACCUCUAUGGUCCUCCAUUCUUCUCGGAAGCCUUGCAAGGGGCUAAGGAGGUGGUGAUGAGUUAUCGGAUGAUGUUGUCCGAGGAAUGGGAUUGGGUUAAAGGGGGAAAACUUCCUGGAGUCUUUGGCGGAGUAGGAGAUCUGGCGUAUGGAUGUACGGGUGGACGGAAGGAGCAGAGGUGUCAGUGUUUUGAUUUGAGGGUAAUGUGGCGGCCGAAAUCCGUCGGCGAAUUAUACGCCUACCUCCCACCAACACCAUGCAAUGCCCACCAACUAUCACGAGUCCCUCCACUCUCGAAGGAAAACAGCGAUUACGGAUAUUCCGUCGGCAGGGGCGCUUUUCACCUCGAUCGUGCUGUAGGACGGUGGAUGAGCGUUGCGUUUCGAGUCAAGUUAAAUGAUGUCGGGGAGGAGAACGGUGAAGUAACACUCUACAUCGACGGCGCCCCCGUCAUCUCCAUCGACGGAUUAUCCCUUUGUUCUUCUGGAGAGGGAAAAUUUACGGGAAUGCAUUUUCAGACUUUCUUUGGUGGUCAUGCCGACGAUUGGGCCUCUUCAAAAGAUCAGAGAGCUUGGUUUGCGGAUGUUACGGGGGUAAUCGUUGAAUGA